CAUAAAUACACAUCAAAUUAUAUAGUUAUAUUUCAUAAUCAGGAUGUAACUAAUGUAUGAUAAAAAAAAGUCUGAAAAAAGGAAAAAAAGAAAAAGAAAAAAGAGCGUUUUUUGAAAGAGAAUAGGGGGAAGGGAACCCUCUCUUUGGCCCUUGCCGUUAUAAUACAUAAAUCCAUAAAGCCGCCAUCGCUUCUUAUUUCAUACCUAACAAAGUUUCCGCCAUCUCUCCUACCAUUCUUCCCUUCGUUCUCUUCUUUAUCAUCAUAUAAAGCAAUUUGUUCAGCUGAUACUUUUAUCAAAUCCACUUUUAUUUGGACUGAAGAGGUGGAGUAGAGAUGAAGUAUGUUUUGGUAACUGGUGGAGUUGUUAGUGGGCUUGGCAAAGGAGUUACUGCUAGUAGUAUUGGUCUCAUCCUCAAGGCUUGUGGUCUUCGUGUUACUUCCAUUAAGAUUGAUCCUUACUUGAACACUGAUGCUGGAACAAUGUCACCAUUCGAGCAUGGAGAAGUAUUUGUCUUGGAUGAUGGUGGAGAGGUGGACCUGGAUCUUGGUAACUACGAGCGUUUUCUAGAUAUUAAGUUGACACGUGACAACAAUAUAACUACUGGAAAAAUUUACCAGUCCGUUCUUGAUAAGGAGAGGAAAGGAGAUUAUUUAGGGAAGACUGUUCAGGUUGUCCCUCACAUUACAGAUGCCAUUCAAGAGUGGAUUGAACGUGUGGCUGUUAUACCAGUGGAUGGAGAGGAUAGUCCAGCUGACGUUUGUGUCAUAGAACUGGGUGGAACUAUCGGAGAUAUUGAAUCUAUGCCAUUUAUUGAAGCUUUAGGACAAUUCUCAUAUCGUGUAGGUGCUGGAAAUUUUUGCUUGAUACAUGUCAGCCUUGUGCCGGUCUUAAAUGUAGUUGGUGAGCAGAAAACAAAGCCAACUCAACACAGCGUUAGGGGUUUGAGAAGCCUGGGACUGGCUCCAAAUAUUUUAGCCUGCCGGAGCACAAUGGGACUCGACGAUAAUGUGAAGGAGAAACUCUCCCGUUUUUGCCAUGUUCCGAUUGAUAACAUCAUCAGUCUUCACGAUGUCUUGAACAUUUGGCGCGUUCCUUUGAUUUUAAGAGAUCAGAAAGCCCAUGAAUCAAUUCUGAGGGUCCUGAACCUUAAAGGAGUUGCUCGGGAGCCCGUCUUUGGAGAAUGGACAUCUCGGACUGAACUUUGCGACAGACUACAUGAGCCAGUUAGAGUUGCCAUGGUGGGGAAGUACACAGGACUUUCAGAUUCGUAUCUUUCUGUACUGAAGGCCCUUUUGCAUUCCUCUGUAGCUUGCCGCAGGAAACUCUUUGUAGAUUGGGUUCCAGCCAGUGACCUCGAAGACGAAACUGCCAUAGAGAAUCCUGAAAAUUAUAGAACUGCGUGGAAUUUGCUGAAGGGGGCGGAUGCUAUACUAGUUCCUGGAGGAUUUGGCGAUAGAGGUGUGGAGGGUAAAAUACUUGCUGCCAAAUAUGCCCGUGAAAACAGGAUUCCUUUCCUUGGCAUAUGUCUAGGCAUGCAAAUUGCUGUUAUCGAUUAUGCUAGAUCCAUUCUUGGGUUGCAACAUGCGAACAGUACAGAGUUUGAUCCCAACACUCAGAAUCCUUGUGUAAUUUUUAUGCCAGAGGGUUCAAAAACACAUAUGGGCGGUACCAUGCGUCUUGGUUCAAGAAGAACAUAUUUUCAAGUCAAAGAUUCUAAAUCUGCAAAGCUAUAUGGCAACCGGAGCUUUGUAGAUGAGAGGCACCGUCAUAGAUAUGAGGUGAAUCCUGAUAUGGUGCAGCAAUUUGAAGAUGCUGGCCUUUCUUUCACUGGCAAAGAUAAAAGUGGUCGCCGCAUGGAGAUUGUUGAGCUGCCUAACCAUCCUUACUUUAUCGGCGUUCAAUUUCAUCCUGAAUUUAAAUCACGUCCAGGAAACCCAUCUGCUGUGUUCUUAGGGCUUAUAGCAGCGGCAUGUGGGCAGCUCGAAUCUCUUUUGAAGAAGGGGGGUGUAGCAAUGAAUCGUGGAUUUAGCAAUGGCACAUCAGGUGAAAAAUUGCAUCGAAAUGGAAAUGCAACAAAUCUUUCCAAUGGAUCUUUAGAUGGGAUUUAUAGCAACGGGAAUGGUAUACAUGUCUAAGGAAUUUAGGAAACAGUAAAAACCAUUCGGGUCUAUGGCCUUGUGAGCUUUCAUCAAUCAAAUUUUGCUAGUGCCUUUCAUCCGGUCGAUAUGUAUAGGCGUAUAGAGCUGGAUUCCGGUCUUUUUGACGGAGUUGUAGUGGCACCAAGUUAAUCUAGGCUUUCCGUUUUUGAAUGAUAAAAACAACUCUUUGAUCAUAA